CGUACUCCCCCGUCUCCAUGUUUGUGUCUAAUGGUCCGGAUGGAUUGGUGGUCUAAGUGGUACCCCUAAUCGUGACUCGAUGGUCACACAAUUGUCAAGUGCAUCGGUGCCGAUGGAUGAUCCAGUCAUCUCCGUCGUGCAUCCCGUCUACCAGCCGCGCAGACUUAUAUCCAAAUCGCAACGGCUUCAGACCUCAGUCGUAUUUCGCGUUCAACGCUGCCACGCGUUGCCCGAGACUGCCUCCAAGCGGCAGAUGUCACAGCCCUGCAGGCUGAUUUGGGCCUGUAGCCAAUCGCAUUGCACCGUUCAAUACGAUGCCAGAGCCAAGCAACGAGAGGGCCAGUCGCAACUCAACCACGGCCUGCUGACAAAAGAAAGGUGUCGGGAUGUGGGUUCCGCGCGUGGGUGCCAUGAGACCGCUGACAAGCACGGAGAUUCGUUUGAACUGGACAUCAACCGGGCAACAUUCCAUUGCAUUCCAGGUUUUUGCACCGCCAGGUCAGCACCAGGGCACGUUCGGCACUCUCCGACAAACUGUGAUCCAAGAUAUGCUGGGGAUCAUGGCAAGGCGGUGCUCGAUGCGGCAAACGGUGCCUCCAGAUUGUCGCGGGGUGUAGAUUCCUGCGGCUGACUGCGAUAUGAAGUGAAAAUGGGGCUGAUCAAAAAGGGAACAUUUGAGGUUUUGACGAGACCCCACUAAAAACGAGUGGGUCCAUCGCUGGAGUUCUCACUGGCGUGAAAUUUUCAAGUUUAUCAACAGCUCCGCAACCUGCUUGAACCGGGCACGAUACAUUCAUCUUAUUAUUCUCUUGAAAUUGGAAGUGAAGAAGAGUCUGAUCAACAAGUGGCCGCCGAGUUCACGUCGUACUACCUGCAACGCGCCACGAAAGAGUUUGCCGAGGACCUCGACAAGGUGCGCUCUGCCGACGACUUCAAGAACGAUGCGCUCCAGA